UUCUAGACAAGAGAUUACUUUUCCAAUGGCUUCUAAAACCAUCUUCUUCUUCCUCCUCUUGCUGUUUAUCUCAUUUAAACAAAGCCUUGGCUCAAAAACAUGGAUCAAAGCUGGUUACUGGGUACCUAGCGGCACCCUUCCUAUUUCUGAUAUAAAAUCUGCCCUUUUCACUCAUCUCUUUUGCGGUUUUGCUUAUGUAAACUCAACCUCCUAUCAGCUUUUUAUCAACGCCUCAAAUCAACAACCUGUCUCUGACUUCACAAAUACUGUAAAACUAAAGAAUCCCUCGGUUACUACUCUCUUAUCCAUUUGGGUCGGAAGAACCGAGUCGACCACCUUCUCUUUGAUGAUUAAUCAAACUUCCCAUAGGAAAUCUUUCAUUGAAUCUUCAAUCAAAAUAGCCAGGCUUUAUGGUUUUCAUGGUUUAGACCUUUAUGGGGUUAAUAAGCCCAUAAAUGGCACCAAUAUGAGCAGUUUGGGUGCUUUAUUGGAUGAGUGGAGAGCUGAGGUAGUUGCUGAGUCAAGAAACUCUGGUAAGACUCAGUUGCUAUUAACUAUGUCGGCUUAUGGCUUGCCAAUUGUCAACUCAGUGAGUUAUCAUAUUGAUUCUGCAAUACGAAACUUGGAUUGGGUCAAUAUUGUUGCAUAUGACUACUACGUGCCAACAGUAGAGAGGUUUACUGGUUUUCAUGCUGCUUUAUAUGACCCAUCAGGAAGGGCCAACAGUGAUGCUGUCAUUGGGGAAUGGUUAAAGAGAGGAUUCCCUGCUGAAAAGCUACUUUUAGGUUUGCCUUACCAUGGAUUUGGAUGGGUACUUGUUAACUCGGGUGAUAAUGGCGUUGGUUCAGCAGCUUCAGGGCCGGCUAACACGAUUGAUGGUUCAAUGGCGUAUUGGUUUAUUAAAGCAUCCAUUCGCAACAAUGGUUAUGGGGUUGAACCGGUGUAUAAUUCUACUUAUGGGGUGAAUAUUUGCAAAAUGAGAUCGAUUUGGAUCAGUUUCGAUGAUGUGGAAGCCAUUAAAGCUAAGGUUUCUUAUGCCAAGGUGAAGGGCCUACUUGGUUAUUAUGCCUUUCAGCUCUCCAGUGACGAUAAUUGGUUGCUUUCAGAAGCUGCUUAUGGAAUAGGCACUAGUAGUCAGCAGAAGAAACACCAGUUAUCGGUGAUUGUUCCAGUUACAGUUGCUGUAAUUUUUCUACUGAUGAUGGCUAUCAUCUGUUACCUGCAAAAGAAAAUAUUCAAAUCACAAGGGCUUUUGAGUGUUGCGAAAAUGUCGGUUUCAUGGAUAAGAACCAAAAUAUCAGCUGAAACAAAGCAUGGAAAUAGUGAUCCUAGUCUGGAAAUUUUGACAUUCUCUACCAUUAAAGCUGCCACAAAAAACUUCUCGAAUGAGAAUAAGCUUGGAGAGGGUGGAUAUGGACCUGUUUACAAGGGAAAGUUACCGAAGGGGCAGGAAAUAGCAGUGAAGAGGCUCUCGAAGAGCUCGAGUCAAGGUUUUGAAGAAUUCAAAAACGAGGUCACUCUUACAGCUAGGCUUCAACAUGUGAAUCUAGUUCGAGUUCUGGGAAUUUGUACUGAGAAGGAAGAAAAAAUGCUGGUUUACGAGUUCAUGCCGAACAAAAGUUUGGAUUUAUACCUCUAUGAUCCACUUAGAAGACAUCUGUUAGACUGGAGAAGACGAGUUUCGAUAAUCGAAGGUGUUACACAAGGGCUUCUAUAUCUCCAAGAAUACUCGAAUUACACGAUAAUUCAUCGUGAUAUAAAGGCGAGCAACAUCUUAUUAGAUGAUGAAAUGAACCCGAAAAUAUCAGAUUUCGGCAUGGCCAAGUUCUUCAAGAAGGAAGAACUCGAAGCAAACACUGGAAGAAUUGUUGGGACAUAUGGCUGCGUUCCUCCUGAAUAUGUAAGGAAAGGAAUAUACUCUACCAAGUACGAUGUUUAUAGUUUCGGAGUUUUACUUCUGCAAAUUAUAAGCGGCAAGAGGAAUUCCAAUCUCUAUGGAUGCCAUGAAAACUUGCAUCUCCUUGAAUUUGCUUAUGAAUUGUGGAAACAAGGUCGAGGAACAGAGUUUUUCGAUGCGUCACUGGACGAUUCAUCUUCGUCGUGUAAGCUCAUUACAUGUAUGCAAGUGGCACUGCUAUGUGUGCAGGAAAAUGCUGCGGAUAGACCGUCUAUGGUGGAAGUUUCCGCGAUUCUCAAGAACGAAAGAAGUGUUGCAAUCUCUACACCUAAGAAGCCUGCAUAUUCAGUUAUAAGAGAUGAAGAUAGAAAAAGUAUAGGCACAGAGAGGAAGAAUGUUUUUUCUGUCAAUGAUGCGUCGAUAACCCAAGUGGCACCUCGAUGACAGAAUGUGAACGUAUUUGCACACAUUUAAGUAUAAGAAAUAUGUUUUUACUAAUCUUUGAUCAUGCAGUUGCAGAUAUUAA